CUGUUUAGCAGACGGUGUAGUGUGUGUUUGUGUGUGUGUUAAUCUGGCCUGUCUCGCUCUGUUUCUGUCAAAUUAUGGAGAAAAAAGGCACAAACUCAUUUGGCAAAAAGCGUAAAACGGUUAAGAAGAAAGAUGGCGCCGAUCCCGUUAAAAACUUCGAGAAAUGGAAGAAAAAGUACAACAAGACGAAAGCCGCGGUGAAGCGGGACAGGGCGCCGAAGAAGCCGGAGUGGCAGGUGGAGCGGGAGGACAUCCAGCGGCUGGUCAGCAGGUAUAGCGACAUCAACUCCAUGGAGGUGGUUAAGUUCUCCGACUUCCCGAUUUCAAAGAAGACCCUGCUGGGUUUGCAGGAGGCCCAGUGCCGACAGCCCACGGAGAUCCAGAGACAGACCAUCGGCCUCGCACUGCUCGGUAAGGAUGUCCUCGGCGCAGCGAAGACCGGCUCUGGGAAGACUUUGGCCUUCCUCAUUCCGGUGUUGGAGUGCCUUUACCGGCAGCAGUGGAGCUCCAUGGAUGGCCUCGGUGCCCUCAUCAUAUCCCCCACCAGAGAGCUGGCCUACCAAACCUUCGAGGUCCUCCGCAAGGUGGGCAAGAACCACGAGUUCUCCGCGGGGCUCGUCAUCGGCGGCAAGGAGCUGAAGGGCGAGUCAGAGAGGAUCCACCGGACCAACAUCGUCAUCUGCACCCCGGGCCGACUGCUCCAGCACAUGGACGAGACCGCCACCUUCCACGCCUCCAACCUGCACAUGCUGGUCCUGGACGAGGCGGACCGCAUCCUAGACAUGGGCUUUGCGGAUACACUCAACGCCAUUGUGGAGAACCUCCCCAAGUCCCGGCAGACGCUGCUGUUCUCCGCAACGCAGACCAAGUCAGUCAAAGACCUGGCCCGGCUCAGCCUCAAAGACCCAGAGUACGUGUGGGUCCAUGAGAAAGCCAAGUUCAGCACACCGGCCACGCUGGAGCAGAGCUACGUGGUGUGUGAGCUCCAGCACAAAGUCAACAUGCUCUACUCCUUCAUCAGGAGCCACCUCAACAAGAAGAUCAUCGUCUUCUUCGCUUGCUGCAAGGAGGUGCAGUACCUAUUCCGGGUCUUCUGCCGCCUCAGACCCGGCAUGCCGGUCCUGGCUCUGCACGGCAAGCAGCAGCAGAUGAAGAGGGUGGAGGUCUACAACGACUUCCUCAGAAAGAACAGCGCUGUGCUCUUUGCCACAGACAUUGCUGCCAGAGGCCUGGACUUCCCAGCUGUCCACUGGGUCUUGCAGUUUGACUGUCCGGAGGACGCAGACACCUACAUCCACAGGGUGGGCCGCACCGCCAGAUACAAGGAGGGGGGGGAGGCCCUGCUGCUGCUGCUCCCCUCAGAAGAGAAGGGCAUGGUCAGCCAGCUGCAGGAGAAGAAGGUUCCCAUCAAUAAGAUCCAGGUGAACCCAGACAAAGUGCAGCAUGUGGAGCAGAAGCUGGAGGCCUUCCUGGCCCAGGAGAAGGAGCAGAAGGAGCGAGCUCAGAGGUGUUUUGUUUCCUAUCUGCGCUCCAUCUACCUGAUGAAGAACAAAGAGGUGUUUGAUGUUUUUAAACUGCAGAUUCAGGAGUACGCUGUCUCUCUGGGCCUGGCAGUUGCUCCCAGAGUGCGCUUCUUAAGCAAAGCUCAGGCCCAGAGAGCGGAGAGAAGAGCGCAGAGAGAGGAGGAGCACUCUGAAGAAGAGAAGGAGCAGAGGAGCUUUAAGGCCCAGCUAAAAGGAAACAUUCAUCAUGAGGAAAGUCAGAGGUCAGACUCAGAAGAUUCAGGCGAUGAUGAGGACGGUGGUGAUGAAGGAGAGAUGGGACAGGCCAAGACCCGACUGCUGGCUGCAGAAGACGAGGAUGAUGAUGAUGAUGAUGAUCUCAGAGACUUGGAGCUGCUGACAGUCAAAAGAAAGGAUGUCUUCAAUCUGACGGGGGAUGAUGAGGGCCCCGAGGUCCCUGCCAAAAAGAAACUGGAAAAACAGAGUUCAAAGUUCAAAGAAGCCAAAAAGGCCCUCAAAAGAAACUUCCAGGUCAACACCAAAGUGGUUUUCAGUGAGGAGGGAGAGACUGUGCAGCUGUGGCCUCCAGUCCAGCGGGCAGUGACCACUGGACUGGAGGAAGAGGAGGAGGUCUCAGGUAUCAAUGUGGAGAAGGCCAGGGAGAGGCUGAAACGUGAGGACCAGGAGUUUGACAAACAGGAGUACAGCCGCAAAGUGAAAGCCAAACACCGAGAGAAGAGGCUGAAGGCCAAGGCAGCCCGCAGGGAGGCCAGCAAGACUGUGGGAUACAAAUCUGACCAGGACGAGGAGGACGAGGUGGUGGCCUACCUGGCCAAUCACAGUGACGACGAGUUUGACCCCAGCACCUUGCCAGAUCCUGACAAAGUGCGCUCUGAGGAGGAGGGGGAGGGGGAGGGGGAGGAGGAUCAGAUAAUGUCAGCCAAACGGCAGCACAGCAGUGAAAGCAGUAGUGAGGAAGAGGAAGAGCUCCCCACAGGGAGUAGGAAGAGAGCGAGGCAUCAGGAUGAGGAGCACACAGCCCUGGACACGGGGCUGUCUCUGGCUGAGGACGAGGAGCUGGUCCUCCAUCUGCUGGGAGGGCGGAGCUAGAGCAAACACGGAGAAAGGAACACUUAAGUAACAGCAAAGUCAGUCAUUAAAUGAGAACAUGUACAAGUCCACUAGACUUUGGCUCUGAAUGUGCUCUCAUAAGAGCGUUAAAGGGGCACUCCAAUGUUUUAGUUUUUCACAUCCAUAAAGUUGGAGCACUGCCAAGGGACAGAUAGAUAAAAGAAUGAUGGACACUGAAGCAUCAGAGGCGGAGAAAUCCUGACUCUCAGUAUGAGUCAUUACCCUUCAACUCAUCUAUUGCAGCCUGCACCAUCUCCUCAUCAAAGCCUCUAAAAACUUGACUUUAAAGGGAUAAUGCUGAUUUUUUGAAGGGGUCACAUGAGGCAGUUAUGGAUAGUGUAUGACGGCCAGUAGAUGGCAGUUGGCAAACUCCCUGUUUGGAGGCUGGAGUCAGACAUGGAAGCUAAGCAAUCUACUGCUGUGGAGUCAGCAGCAAAAUGUUUUUUAGCCACCAAAUAAAGUCCCAC